AUGUCAGCCACAAGGUCCUUCAGCACAGCAAUCGCAACUACUCUUCUGACUCUCCUCCUCAAGGCUCACCUUUCUGCGCAAGCACCUGUCAAUGGGUCCCAGUGGUCUUAUGUUGGUUCUGAUGGGGAGAAAGUAUGGCCCAAGAUGUUCCCCUAUUGCGGAGGAGUGUUCCAGUCACCAAUCGACUUUCACAAUGACAUUCUCCAGUAUGAUUCCACUCUUCUGCCAAUACAACUGGAAGGCUACAAUGUAUCCUUCAUUGAAAAGUUUAUUUUGACCAAUAAUGGACACUCAGUAAAAAUGAGUCUUUUUCCAAGCAUGCAUAUCCAGAGCCUCCCUUUCCAGUACUCUGCUGCUCAGCUCCAUUUACACUGGGGAAACCGGAACAAGCAGGAAGGCUCUGAGCACACAAUUGGGGGGAGGCACUUUGCGGCCGAACUCCACAUAGUACAUUAUAACUCUGACAGAUAUCGAGAUUCGAAAUCAGCAAUAGAUAAGUCAGAUGGACUGGCAGUUUUGGCUAUCCUGAUUGAGAUAGGCCCAUUCAAUCCAUCAUAUGAAAAGAUCUUCAGCCAUUUUCAGAAUGUGAAAUACAAAGGUCAGAAAACCUUCAUCCCAGGUUUCAAUGUCCAAGAUUUGCUCCCAGACAGACUGGAUGAAUACUACCGCUAUGAAGGAUCCCUCACCACACCUCCUUGCUACCCAAGUGUUCUUUGGACGGUAUUUCGAAAACCAGUACAAAUUUCAGAAGAACAGCUGCUGGCCCUGCAAACUGCUCUGUACUGCACACAGCCUAAUGACCCUGCCCCUCUUGAAAUGGUGAACAACUUCCGGAGAGUCCAGAAGGUUGACGAAAGGCUGGUUUCUGUCUCCUUCCGGCAAGGUUUUGUCUUGUUUGUUGUAUUAGCCAGUAGCCUCAGCACUGUCUUCAUUAUCGCUGUAGCCUUUUGGCUGAUUCGAAGAAGGAAGAGCAUCAAAAGGACAAAGGAAGACAAAGGGGUCAUCUACAAGCCAGCCACCAGCAAAGAGGAGGAGAAUAUCUCCAAAGCAUGAGCUACCUAAGGAGCCAUUCAUUCAUGACUUUCCCAAGUAUUUACACAUCCUUAACAGCUCAAAUAUUCCUAUUAUCUCUGGCCUUUGUCUAUCACUCAAAUCUGGUGGGAUUGUUUUUGCAUGAGCACAAAAAGGGAUGUGUUCAGCUGUUCUUGUU